GACUUGCUUGAAGAUGCUUGUGCGUCUUUGCUGGACAUGACAGCCGCUAUAGGCUUCCUCAUGCUUUUUGUAAAAUUCAGAUUCAAACAAGAUAACAGCGGAAGUACUUCUUCUUCUUCUUUAUCUCUUCCAUCUCCUUCAACUUAUGUUUCUCAAACUUGGAAACACGAUGUCUUUCCGAGCUUCCACGGACCAGAUGUCCGAAGAACCUUUCUUAGUCAUUUCCUUGUAGUGUUCAAGAGAAUGGCAAUCGACCCAUUCAUUGAUAAUGAUGAUAUACAGAGGAGCAAGUCGAUUGGUCCGGAGCUCAUAGAAGCUAUAAGAGGAUCAAAAAUCGCGAUCGUAUUGCUCUCCAAGAACUAUGCUUCUUCUUCAUGGUGUCUUGAUGAGUUGGCAGAGAUCAUGAACUGCAGGGAAGAGUUGGGUAAAAUAGUCUUGACUAUUUUCUAUGAAGUGGAACCAACUGAAGUAAAGAAACAGACGGGAGAUUUUGGAAAAGCCUUCAGGAAAACUUGUAAAGGUAAAACAAAAGAGCGCACUGAGAUAUGGAGAAAAGCUUUGGAGGAUGUGGCCACAAUCGCCGGAUAUCAUUCUUACCAAUGGGUCAAUGAUGCAACCAUGAUCGAAAAAAUAGCCAUUGAUGUUUCAGACAUGUUGAAUUGCUCCACACCAUCAAGAGAUAUUGAUAGUUUAGUAGGGAUGGAAAAUCAUAUGGAAAAGUUGAAACCGUUGUUAAGCCUAGAUUUGGAUGAUGUAAGGAUGAUCGGGAUUUGGGGGCCGCCUGGGAUUGGUAAGACGACCAUUGCUAGAUUUAUGUUUGACCAAGUAUCCAACAAAUUCCUAUUUAGCGCGAUCAUGAUUGAUAUUAGAAGAAGCUAUCCAAAAGGUCGUUUGAAUGAGUGUAGCGCACAAUUGCAACUACAAAGCCAUAUGUUAUCUAUGAUUAUAAAUCAUAAAGAUAUCAUGAUACCUCAUCUAGGAGUGGCACAAGAACGGUUGAAAGGCAAAAAAGUGUUACUCGUUCUUGAUGAUGUGGAUGACUUAAGACAACUACAUGUCUUGGCGAAAGAACUUCAGUGGUUUGGUCCUGGAAGUCGGAUUAUAAUCACAACAGAAGAUCGAGGAGUUUUGAAUGCCCAUGGGAUCAGUCAUAUUUACGACGUGGAAUUUCCAUUAAAUAAUGAGGCUUUUCAAAUCUUUUGUAUGCAUGCUUUUGGACACAAGCACCCAGAUGAUGGCUUUGAUGAGCUUGCUGAGGAAGUUGCAUGCCUUGCUGGUGAACUCCCUUUGGGUUUGAAGAUUCUAGGCUCCACUUUGAAAGGAAAGUCCAAGCAAGAGUGGGAAAGGAAACUACCAAGGUUAAAGACCAAGCUUAAUGGAGAAAUAGAGAGCAUUAUGAAGUUCAGUUAUGAUGCCUUAGAUGAUGAAGAAAACAAAUACUUAUUUCUUUAUAUAGCCUGCUUUUUCAGCGACAAGUUCUUAUAUCCACGUAAUCUGGAAGAGAUUCUGUCAAAGAAGUUCUCGGAUGUGAGGCAAGGUCUUGAAGUUUUAGCUGAAAAAGCUCUCAUAUCUAUGGAAUACGGAUGGAUAGAAAUGCAUCAUCUGCUACAGCAAUUUGGAAGAGAAACUUCACGUAAACAAUUUGUUCAGCAUGGCCUUAGGGAACAUUAUCUUUUGGUCGGUGCAAGAGAUAUAUGUGAAGAGCUCAGCAAUGAUACAACAGAUAAUAGGCAUUUUAUAGGCAUAAAUUUAGAUUUAUCUAAAACCCAAGAAGAAUUGUAUAUAAGCCAAAAAGCAAUUGAGAGAAUGUCUGAUCUGGAAAUCAUAGAAAUCGAUGGUAAAAAGGAUCUUUCUCUGCCAGAGAGACUGGACUUACUUCUACAUCAUUCACAAAAGAUAAGAUUUCUGGUUUGGAGUUAUUUCCCAAAUACAUGUUUGCCAUUUACUUUUAAUCUCGAGUUUCUCGUCCAACUACGUAUGAGAUCGAGCAAGCUUCAGAAGCUAUGGGAAGGAGCUACACAACUUAAAAAUCUCAGGUGGAUGGAUUUGUCUCGUUCUAAAGAUUUGAAAGAGCUUCCGGAUCUUUCAACUGCCACUAAUCUUGAAGAGUUAAAUCUCUUUGGAUGCUCAAGUUUAGUGGAGCUUCCUUCUUCUAUUGGGAAUGCAACUAAUCUCAGGACAUUAAAUCUCUCUGAAUGCUCAAAUCUGGUGAAAAUCCCUUCUUCUAUUGAGAAUUUGACAAAUCUCCAGGAAUUAGAUCUCUCUAGAUGCUCAAAUCUUGUGGAGUUUCCUUCUAUUGGGAAUGAAAAUAAACUCGAGAGGUUAUAUCUUUGGAAUUGUUCAAGUCUGGUGAAACUACCGUCUUCUAUAAAUGCCACUAAUCUCAAGGAAUUGAAUCUAGAAAAUUGUUCACGUGUUUUGGAGCUGCCUGCUAUCGAGAAUGCGACUAAACUUGAGGAAUUGGAUCUCAAUAAUUGCUCAAGUCUACUCGAGCUCCCUGCUUCUAUUGGAACUGCCACAAAUCUGAGGGAAUUGGAAAUGAGAGGGUGCUCAAGUCUCGUGAAUCUCCCCUCCUCUAUUGGAGACCUCACUAAUCUACAGNAUUUGGAUCUAUCUAACUGCUCAAAUCUGGUGGAGUUUCCAUCCUCUAUAGGGAAUGAAAAUAAACUCAAGAAGUUAUAUCUUUGUGAUUGCACAAGUCUUGUGAAACUCCCGUCUUCUAUAAAUAAUGCGACUAAACUUGUGAUAUUGAAUCUCAAUAAUUGCUCAAGUCUACUAGAGCUCCCUCCUUCUAUUGGAACUGCCACAAACCUUAAGAGAUUGGAAAUGAGAGGGUGCUCAAGUCUCGUGAAUCUCCCCUCCUCUAUUGGAGAUCUCACUAAUCUCGAAGAUUUGGAUCUAUCUAACUGCUCAAAUCUGGUGGAGCUUCCAUCCUCUAUAGGGAACCUUCAGCGAUUGUCUUCGUUGACAUUGAGAGGAUGCUCAAAGCUAGAGGCUCUUCCAACCAACAUCAACUUGAAAUCUCUCAGUAUACUUGAUCUCACAGAUUGCUCGCAGUUGAAAAGUUUUCCUGAGAUCUCCACACACAUUGAGUAUCUGUGGCUCACAGGAACAUCAAUAAAAGAAGUUCCUUUGUCGAUCAUGUCGUGGUCUGGUCCUUAUGAUUUCAGUAUGUCAUACUUUGAAAGCCUCAAAGAAUUCCCGCAUGCUCUUGACAUCAUCACAUAUCUGCAUUUGGUAAACGAAGACAUACAAGAAGUUGCUCCAUGUGUCAAGGGAAUGUCUCGUUUACGUACACUUAGACUCGACAACUGCAAGAAUCUGGUAUCCCUCCCCCAAUUUUCAGAUUCUUUAUGGAACAUAGAUGCAGACAAUUGUCAAUCCCUUGAGAGAUUGGAUUGUUCCUUUAACAAUCCGGAGAUCCGUUUGAAGUUCAGAAACUGCUUCAAACUGAAUCAAGAAGCCAGAGAUCUCAUCAUGCACACAUCGACUUCUAGAUAUGCGGUGUUACCUGGUAAACAAGUGCCUGCCUGCUUCAAUCACCGAGCUACUGUUGGAGAUUCCUUGACAAUUAAGUUGAAUGAGUCGCCUCUUCCUACAUCCUUGAGAUUUAAGGCUUGUUUGAUGGUGGUUAAACUUUUUGAAGAAUUUGAUGAUUGUGAAGAAGAAACGAGUGAUGAUGAACAAGAAGCGAGUGAUUAUGAAGAAGAAACGAGUGAUGAUCAGAGUUUGACAAGAGUAAAUAUUGACAUUGUGGACAAACUCGGAGAACGUCCAUGUUUAGAAGAGCAUAUCUAUACAUUUGAAGUUGAAGCAGAGGAGGUGACUUCUACUGAGCUUGUGUUUCAGUUAAAACCAAGACAUAUGAUUAUGAACCGGAUGAUCGGAGAAUGGGGUCUAUAUCGAAUCUUGGAGAAUCCUUAG